CAUUAACAAGUACAAAUGUCCUCUGUUUGUCUCCCGGUCUUAUCUCGGCUCCACAUGCCUACGUUUCUUUUCUUUUCUCCCAACAGGUCACCAACCAAAGUUGCGCAGCCAACCCCAAAGGAACUAGCCGGUGGUCCCCCCCAGACAACAGAUUGCGAGCCGAGAGCGCUGGACGUCAAGCAAAAUGACCCCAGAGAGAUCAUCGACAACAUUAUAGAAGAAAGCCAGAAGACGCAUCAGCUGGAAGAGGAAGAUCCUUUGGGCCCGCCUGAAAAUGUUCUGGCCAACUCCUCGCCAGAGGCAAAUCCGUGGAUUUCCAGGGCAGACCUUCUCCAGCACAUUCCCGAACUGUUGGUUGCGGAAACGGUGGCGCAAGGGGACGGCGAAGCCCCAUUGGAUCAUGGCCCUCUUGUGCCAAACGGCGGGGAAGCCAGGCUGGGCUUGGCGCCACCCGGCAGCGAUGCAGCGGAACGUCGAGACGGGGAAGCCCCUUCAGCGGAAGCUGCGGCAGAGACCAAACCGCCGGAAGCCACCCACGAGGGACCGAAGAUGGAGGAAGAAGCCAAUGUGAGCCCAGCGGACGCCUUAGACCCGCCGACCGCCUCCGAUUCCUCGCCCGCCAAAGAGUCUCCCCCAGGCGACGAGGCGGCUCCCGCUAAACCUCCGCGCCAAAUCUCUCCGGAGCCAGACAUCGUCGCCAGCACCAAGAAGUCCAUCCCACUGGUUGCCGACUCCGGGUUGGGCCACAGUCGCCAGGGGCUGCCGCCUCCCUCAUCUGUUCCCUUUGCUCCAGUUCCCAGGGAAGGCUUUUCAACGGGUGGCCUCUUGCCCCCCGCCACGUCCAUGGAUUCCCUGGCCAAAGACUCUCAGCCCUCUUUGGAUCUGGCCAGCGCCACCAGCGGGGACAAAAUCGUCACGGCGCAGGAGAACGGGAAGUCGGCCGACGGGCAGGUGGUCAUGAGUGAAGUCAUAGGGCCUCAGAGACCCCGGUCGAAUUCUGGCAGAGAGCUGACGGACGAGGAAAUCCUGGCCAGCGUCAUGAUCAAGAACCUGGACACAGGCGAGGAGAUCCCUCUGAGUCUGGCCGAGGAGAAGCUGCCCACAGGCAUCAACCCCCUGACGCUGCAUAUCAUGAGGCGGACCAAGGAAUACGUCAGCAACGAGGGGGCCCAGUCGGACGACGAGGACAAGAUGCAGUCUCAGUCAAGCGACACAGACGGAGGGCGGUUGAAACAGAAAACGACCCAGCUGAGAAAGUUCUUCGGCAAAUCGGUCAAGAAGGCGAGGCACCUGGCCGAAGAGUACGGAGAGCGGGCCGUCAAUAAAGUGAAGAGCGUCCGGGAUGAAGUCUUCCACACGGACCAGGACGACCCAUCCUCCAGCGAUGACGAAGGGAUGCCCUAUACCCGGCCCGUGAAAUUCAAAGCGGCCCACGGCUUCAAGGGGCCCUAUGACUUCGAGCAGAUCAGAGUCGUCCAGGACCUCAGCGGGGAGCACAUGGGUGCCGUUUGGACCAUGAAGUUCUCUCACUGCGGCCGGCUGCUGGCCUCGGCGGGUCAGGACAACGUGGUGAGGAUCUGGGUGCUGAAGAACGCCUUUGACUACUUCAAUAACAUGCGGAUGAAGUACAACACUGAAGGCCGAGUGUCCCCUUCGCCGUCUCAGGAGAGUCUGAAUUCGUCCAAGUCGGAUAACGAUAUGGGGAUUUGCAGCAGCGCCGAUGAGGACCCGGACGAUAAAAGCACGCCCUUCCGCCAGCGGCCGUUCUGCAAAUACAAGGGGCACACCGCCGAUCUCCUGGAUUUGUCCUGGUCUAAAAAUUACUUUCUACUCUCCUCAUCCAUGGAUAAGACCGUCAGGCUGUGGCACAUAUCCAGGCGGGAGUGUCUGUGUUGUUUCCAACACAUUGACUUUGUCACUGCUAUUGCCUUUCAUCCUAGAGAUGACAGGUAUUUUUUAAGCGGCUCCCUGGACGGGAAGCUUCGGCUCUGGAACAUUCCCGACAAGAAAGUGGCGCUGUGGAAUGAAGUGGACGGGCAGACCAAGCUGAUCACGGCGGCCAACUUCUGCCAGAACGGCAAAUACGCUGUGAUUGGCACUUACGACGGCCGGUGCAUCUUCUAUGACACAGAGCACCUGAAGUAUCACACACAGAUACAUGUGCGGUCAACCCGAGGGCGGAAUCGAGUCGGAAGAAAGAUCACCGGGAUUGAGCCCUUGCCGGGAGAAAAUAAGAUCCUCGUGACGUCAAACGACUCCCGGAUCCGGCUGUACGAUCUGCGGGAUUUGUCCCUGUCUAUGAAAUACAAGGGCUACGUCAACAGCAGCAGCCAGAUCAAAGCUAGUUUCAGCCACGACUUCACCUACAUCGUCAGUGGUUCAGAAGAUAAAUACGUUUACAUCUGGAGCACGUACCACGACUUGAGCAAAUUUACUUCUGUCCGGAGAGACCGCAAUGACUUCUGGGAAGGUGUCAAAGCCCAUAACGCAGUGGUCACCUCCGCCAUUUUUGCUCCCAACCCCAGUUUGAUGGUCCUGUCGGAGUCGUCGGAAAAGCCGGAGCCCGAGAGCAAAACGGAAGAUUCCGAGUCCACGGAUCCUAUUCCUUCUGGAGCCCUGAAGACAGACCACACGGAAGUGCUCCUCUCGGCCGAUUUUACCGGAGCCAUCAAAGUCUUCAUUAACAAGAAGAAAAACGCACUUUAAACGAAAAAAAAAAUCAUGGGUGACUUGGACAGCGUCGUGAUCAUGGUACCUGGGUGGGAAUCAUGCGAUCCUUCCGUGGGGCAAAGUAGAAUAAUAAUAGCUGUCGGAGGCUGGCUUAGCCUUUCAAACUCUUUCAUUUCCCAAAGCUGCCCUGUUAGACCUCCUCGGGGGGGUGUGCGCGUGCGUGCGUGUGUAUGAAGCACCCUCCAAGUGGUUAACUUCCCCACACCCUGGCUUUUUCGAUUGGAGGGGGAGCGCAAGUAAAGAGGCUGGAGGGGUUUCGGCGUUGAAUUUUCUGAACCGCCCUUUGCAAAAGGAUGAGUGCCCCGUGCACAGGAUUAUGCGUGAAAAGGGCGAGGUUUUCCGUGCCUUGGGGGAGAGGGUUCGCCUACACCAAAUUGAGAAGGGGAGAGAAUUUGAUCUGGAUGCCCCUUCCUCCUCUCCCCCACUCCCCAGGAGAUGUUGUGCGCUCACGGAGGCCAAGUGGCCCUCUUCGCCCUUCGCCAGCAAGAGCUGAUUUUUAAUUUUUAUUUUUUUGCCCUUUGUGUUCAGAGCUGGAUUUUUGGCUGGGCCCUUUACAUUCUCUGAUUUCCCUUCCUGCUCCCUUGCCUCCGGUGGAUUAACUGCAACCACAAAUCAGUGUUUUAUAACGUGAGGUUUUGUUGUUUUCUAAUCAUCGUGCACUCUUAGAUUCCUUUCUUAAUAUAUAAUUUUAUUUUUAUUUGCACACUGGAGCACAAUAUUUCUAUGAAAGAGACUCCCAUUCCUUAUUCCAGGGGCACUGCGUUCUGCUCACCGUAAAAUAUAUAUAUAUAUAAAACUUAAAAUAUAUAUAUAUAUAUAAAACUUAAGCUGCAUUAGGAACAAUUCCUAUAUUUUACAACAGUGUAAAAUAAAUUGUUUACAUAUUUUUUAAAAGCAUUGUAGUUGAAACUUUAAGUUUUUUGUUUCUCUUUCGGUCUGUUGUUUAGAGCUAACUGAACUUAAAAGGUCUUUUGUAAAUAGUUGUAAAUCCUACCAAUGAAAUGACAUUUAGGGGUGCUGAAGCCCUCAAAAUGCCGUUGAUGGUUCCUGUUCCCGAAAAAUGAAAGCUGUAUCAUUAAAAAUGGGUCAUUCAAAGAAG